AUGGUAUGGAUCGUCUUCAUCCCGGAGACACCCUGGAUUGUCGAUUCUGAUUUUGAAUUAUUCGACAUUCAAGGCAUCUCAGGCAAAGCCGGUGGGAAUGCCGAUUCAUCAGGGAGUUCUGCUACACCUCGUUCGUCUGCUCCCAAGAAAAAAUUUGGCGACGGUCUGCGGAUAUCGGCCGAAGAAGUCGUGGAAAAGAUGAUGACUUCGAGUGGAAACGAUGGUGAAGAAGGAGCUGAGAGGGAACACCCUGUGUGGAAGCAUCUUCUCGAAAUCGCUCUUCCCCAAUACUUCACCGAAGAUAACGACGGUUGGUACACGCUGAAUCUGUCCCAAAUCAUCUCAAUUUGUCCACAGAUUUCUGGGAAGAUCUCCUUCCUCAUACAAGAGGACGCUGAGUGGGGCAUUUUUAGCCCUAAGCAUGUUUUCAUACUGAAAGAUCGGGAAGAGGCUGUGUUCGAUCCACGUAAAAGGCCGUUGAUAUCGCUUCGGGCACGAGAACUAAAGGCUGCUGGCGAGGUUCCAAGCCACGAGGAUACAAAGGUGGCUCCCCUUCACAAUGUUCCUUCUGGCGACGACGGAAUUAUUAAGGAAGCUGGGCAUGAUCGGGACCCCAAUAUCAUACUUUCCGAAGACCUUGAGAGUUUGGUCAAUCCUGAAGAAUUCGAGGCAUUUGCCUGGAAACAGGGAUUCCCCGGUCUCGCUUCAUAUCUCAGCGUUUUCGGACAGCAAGAUAGUGCGGCGCCUCCAGAAAUCGGCCACGUCGCACCACAGCCGGAGCAGCAGUAUUUGCCGUCUAUCCCAGAGGAGAACGAGCUGGAGCAGAACCAGGCUGAUAGUUUCAUGGCUUUGGACUCGCGAAUGAUUUCACGUUUGAAUCCUCUGUGCCAAGGCCUGGGGUUUCUAUGA